AUGCCAGAGGAAGAAUCGAAACAAGAGCUCGAUAUCGAUCACCUGCAAGAUCUGGUCGCGCAGCAAGGCGAUACCGUCCGCGCGUUGAAAGCUGAUGAAAGUCCCAAUCAGGCAGCCAUUUCCCAAGCGAUUGAAACGUUGAAGCAACUCAAAAUCGAUUUGAACGCGGAAAUCACCAGAAGAAAAGCCUCCGGGGACUCGAUGAUCAAGUCCAAGGAAGAUUUCCGCGUGAAAGUGGCAAACUCCUUAGAGUCGAGACUGUUUUAUAUUCCGAGUUUUAAAAUUUACGGCGGCGUGGGUGGAUUGUACGAUUACGGGCCACCCGGGUGCGCGGUGAAGGCGAACGUGCAAAAGAUUUGGCGACAGCACUUUGUGAUCGAAGAGUCGAUGUUGGAAGUGGAGUGUCCUUCGGUGACGUUAGGGACGGUGUUGAAAGCGAGCGGGCACGUCGAUCGAUUCACGGAUUUGAUGGUGAAAGACGCGAAAACGGAGGAGUGUUUCCGCGCGGACCAUUUGUUGGGCGAUCGAUUGGAGGAGUUGAUCGCGGAUCCAGCGACGAGGAAGGAUGAAAAAGCGGAGUUUGAGAUGUUGUACGCGAGAUUGGACGAGUUGAAGGAAGAGGAGAUGAAAAUGGCGUUGAAGAGGUGCGGGUGCGUCAGUCCAGAGACGAAGAACGAGUUGAGCGAUCCGUACCCGUUUAACUUGAUGUUUCCGACGACGAUUGGGCCGAGUGGGAACAUUCAAGGGUUUUUGAGGCCAGAAACCGCGCAAGGGAUGUUUGUGAACUUUAGGGAGUUGUUGUAUUUCAACGGAGGGAAGUUGCCGUUCGCGUGCGCGCAGAUUGGGCAGUCGUUUAGGAACGAAAUCGCCCCGAGAGCUGGGUUGUUGCGCGUGAGAGAGUUUACGCAAGCGGAAAUCGAACACUUUUGCCAUCCCACGAAGAAGGACCAUCCGAGAUUUAACGAGGUCGCCCAGGUGGAGUUGAACUUGUUCAGUCAAGAAGCGCAGUUGCAAGCCGGGAAGAAGGAACCGUUUCGUAUGAAAACGGGCGAGGCUGUUGAGAAGGGCAUCAUCGCGAACGAGACGUUGGCGUAUUUCGUAGCGAGAACGCAUUUGUUUUUGAAAGAGUUAGGCGUAGACAUGCAACGCGUUCGAUUUCGUCAACACUUGAGACACGAAAUGGCGCAUUACGCGCAAGACUGCUGGGACGCGGAGAUUGAGUGCUCGUACGGAUGGAUCGAGUGCGUCGGUUUGGCGGAUCGAUCGGCGUUUGAUUUAGAUGCCCACUCGAAAGCGAGUAAAGUAGAUUUGCAAGCGUACGAGUUAUUCGACGAACCAGUCGAAGAAGUCAUUUUCGAGGUGAAAAUGAACAAACAAAUAUUAGGGAAAUCGUUUAAAAAAGACCAAAAGUUUGUCAUCGACGCGUUGACGUCGUUGGACGAAGCAGCCGCGGCGAAGAUUGAGAAAGAUUUCGAAGACAAGGGCGAAACCGACUUGGAAAACGUUCAAGGCAUAGACGGUGGGAAAGCGACGAUUACGAAGGACAUGGUGAUUGAAAUGAAGAAGAAGACGAAAAAAGUGAGCGGGAGAAAUUUUACGCCGUCCGUCAUUGAACCUUCGUUUGGUAUCGGAAGAAUUAUGUAUUGCCUCUUUGAACACGCGUUUUACGUUCGCGAAGGCGACGACGAAAACAAAGCCGUUUUCAAACUUCCCCCGCAAGUCGCUCCGAUCAAAUGCACCAUCUUCCCUCUCGUGAACAACGCGGAAAUGAACGCCGCGUCUCACGAUAUUUACAAAUCGUUGACCAAACUCGCGGUUUCCGUAAAAUUAGACACCACCGCCAUCUCCAUCGGCAAACGAUACUGCCGAACGGAUGAACUCGGCGUCCCGUUCGCCAUCACCAUCGACCACAGAACCAUCGGACACACGUCCACUCCAAAAGACGGAACCGUAACCGUACGCGAGAGAGACUCGUGCGAACAAGUUCGCAUUAAAGUCGACGACGUUGCGAAAUUCAUCGCGGAUUUGAGUUCGGGUGAGGUUGAAUGGAGCCGAGCGACAGCGUCGCUCGAGAAAGUAUUAAACACGGCGGAGUAG